CACCUUGAUUGAAGCCAGCUCUCGUAGACUAGGGCGUCUCAGUCCUGUAAGACAUGAUAGACAUGCUGGACGGCUGCUUGGCGGCAACCAUGAAGCUAGUACUGUAGAGUAGGCGAUGCGAACCACCUUCACUCUCAAGCAGCAACGCGCCACCGGCCUCCACCCACUCAACUCAACCCCCAGAGGCUGGCCAUAACCCCAUUGACGCCUGGCAUUUCCCUUCACUUUCUCUCUCGCUACCAAUUCACGUCGCGCGCGCGCGCAACGUCGCUCUCCAGCCCAAGGCCACCCCGAUCACCCCCGCGCCCCCGCCCACGUCUUCCCCGCCUACUCCAACAUUCCAAAGUGCCAUCUCACCCACCAUGCCUCCCACAGGCCUAGGUAGCAAGGGCAAGGCAAAGCCCGGCUCCAAGCCCUCGGCCCCUCCACGCAGCCGCAACACGACGCCUCUGCCCAGCGUGCACACCUCCGUCGAGCCCUCGUCGUCGACUGCCUCGUACUUUGGGAAACCCCUAAGCUCCUGGCUCAGAAAAUGCAGUGUUACCGUCGAAGAGAUACUCGACAGCGGAGGCAGCAGCUCACAGAUUCCCUCGGGCAGCAAGCUGCUGAGUAUGCGCGACCAGAUCGAGAAGAUGGUGCUCAAGAAUAUGGAGAUGCGCUGCACACAAUCCGAAGCCGCCCUCAGAGAACUCCACGGUCUGAGAAAGAACCGGGUGCCGCGGGAAAGAGAACGAGAAAAAGAAAAGGACCCAGAAGACCGCGAACGCAAGCACAAGCUCAAGAAAGUGAGCAAGAAGCACGACGAGGAUGGCAAGCACCCACCCACCACAGGCGCCCAUGGCCUGGCUAGGCAGGAUGGCGGCGGCGGCGACGCAGCCAAAGACAACUCGUCGGCUAUAUCAUCCCCCAUAUCACAAGCUCCGCCCUCAGCUUCCGGCACAGCGCCACCAGAUGCCCCUUCGCCCAGCGCCUCCGAUGUCUCCCACCAGCCCGCGCCCGCGCCUGCCGUGCCCCAGUACCAGACUUUUGGGCCCGACCCAGCCAAGUUCGACGACCCCACCAUAUACCACAUACGGGACGUCACCCCAGGAAUGACGGAUGAGGAAAAGAAGCAAAUCUACUGCGUGGCAGAGUUUCCACCCACAGAUCUACGCGACAAAAUCGCCGGCCUACCCCCGGAUAAAGACUUUUCAAUGGCAAAGCCGGCGACACAGGUCAAUGCCUCGGUCUUUGCCAACUAUGUCGAACCCUAUAUACGGCCAUUGACCGAGGAAGACGUUGCUUUUCUGAAAGAGCGAGGAGAUCGGGUAGCCCCUUUUGUCUUGCCCAGACGUGGGCAAAGACACUACAAGGAAAUCUGGGCCGAAGAGGAUGGCGCCAUGCACAUCGACUCGAACGAUCAACGUCCAGCGCCGAAUGUAUCGCGAGGGGCGGCCGAGGAUAUAUCGGACAAUAUUCUUGAGACAGAACAAGUGUCUGCAGGGCCCCUACUUUCUCGUUUGGUGGCUACACUACGGCCGGAAGGGCGCGGGAACCAGAAUACCUCUCAAGAGACAAAUGGCGUCAACGGCGAUGCUAUGGACAUUGACGAAGGCGCAGGAGCAACAGCCGACACCAACAACACGAAUUCCAUCCCCGCUGCAACUCAGCUCCCCGACUUCCUCCAGCCCGGCUGGAAAGCCCCUCAACAGAACGGGCGAGCCGACUAUGCCGGCCUUGAUGACCGCGUCCUCAUGGAGUUAAAGCACUAUGGCCUCAUCUCCGAAGCAGAUGCAGAGUCCCAAUCCUACGACGCGCAUUUCGACGACGAAGUAGCCCAAAGACUACGAUUUCUGCAAGAAGAGUUAAGAAAGCAGUCUAUCGUCAACGGUGCACGGAAACAACGAUUAUUGGAGCUCACAGAGGAAAGAAUAGCACAGCAGGAAUACAACACCAUAGCCGACGAUCUAGACACCCAACUCAACGCCGCAUACCUCAAACGGAACCGCAACAUCGGCAAAGGUAAGAAGCAGAAUAAGCGUCCUGGUGGUGCAGGCGGUGGUUCACAUCCAGUGGCCAACGCGGGGAUUACUCGUCCGGGCGUUGGCGAACCGAUCAGGACACUGAUGGAGAGGCGGCAGCAGUGGAUUAGCACCAUUGGACCCGUCGUCAACUUUGGAAAAACUGGACUACCAGAACACACGGUUUUUGACGAGGAGAAAAUGAAGCAGUAUGAGAAUAGGGAAGUCGAAGUCUGGAAUACCGAGGCAGAAGAAUAACAUCCGCGCCUCCAGAAUGGAAAAGAAAAAGAAAAAAGAAAAGAAGGGAAACGCUGUGUUUGGUUGUUAUAGAAGAGCAUGUCGGUUUCGAACCUGAGGUUGGCCAAUUGGACAUGCGGCUCAAGACCAAGGAGCAACUAUGAGGGCAAUUUCCAUUAUUAGGCGCAACAGCGGGGCUGUAGGUAGGCGUUGAGGACCGGUCAGUUUGCUUAACUUGGUGUUUGAUAAAGUCCUGUUUCGGGUUGUUACCAAUGGGUAUUUGGCAUUGCAUGGAACGGUUGUUAACAGGAAUAGGCGUUGGACUGGAUCCAUUGGAUGGUCUAGAUGAGUCAUCGCAGUUUGUACGAUGCUGAGACGGAGACUGAUUACCUCUUUGCAGACAUGAGAUAGAGUUAGAGUAGAGUCAACAUAUCUAACAUCAUUACACGGUCA